GCCGCUAUUGUCCAAACACCAAAGUCUCCGUGAGCCCCCGCGACGGAUAAAAAAGCCCGCGUCGAGGGAACUGCCGUCGUGUGCCAUCACCACCUGUUCUCGCCGGCAGACAGAACGAGUCGACGUUGAGCCCGGCCGCAGACCGACCGACAAGUCGUCGUCUCUCUACUCCCGGCGCCUGCACGAACGAAAAGGCAAGCCUGCCGCCAUCACCACUCUCGCUUCUCCUUGGAAUCGGCCGUUAGACGACAACGACGACUGCGGCGACGAAGCCACCGCUCCCGGUCGACUAGGCGGGCCCGCCGCCACGUGGACCGACCCAACAACACACUUGCUCCCCCGCCAGCAGCGGAACCGGGGGGUUAGCGUGGAGAAAGGGAGAGGGAGAAGGAAGAGCAGCAGCAGGACUCGAGACAAAGAAAACCAAAAAAAAGAAGCAAAAAAAAAAAGAGAAUGGCAUUCUUCGCCAUCCGGCUCCACCGCAGCGCCAUCGGGCUCCCGCAGCGGACGCGGGGCGUGCUGAUGGCGCUGGGCCUGCGGCGGCGCGGCUCGACCGUGUUCCACCCCGUCAGCGCGCAAGUGGCGGGCAUGAUCAUGAAGGUCAAGGAGCUCGUGCGCGUCGAGGAGGUGGCGGCCGCCAAGACAAAGGCCCAACUCAAGGCCGAGCGGGCGCCCGACCCGGGCUUUGUCAUCGAGAGGGCCGUCCCGAGGUGAAGAAGAGGGCUGGAGAGGGGGAGGAAAAGGAGGGGUGGUGUUGCAAACACGGCUUGUCCGCCACGAGGUCUGGCUGCCUGGUGGGAGGGGGGAUGGUGGCCUCCCAGACGCGAAGGGGAGGGGGAUGGACGAGACGACGGUCUACGGAGAGGAUGGGGGCUGGCGUUAUUGGCGGGCUAGGAGUGGCUUGAUCGGUUCUUGGUGCGAACACAGCCCAAACCCAAAUAUUGUUGUUGAGAGGGGAAUGGCCGAGGGGGCUUAAGGGAGGAUCAGCGGAAGAGGUCGGGCAGACGAUCGCAGAUGUCACAUAUUUGCUUGCCCCUGCCCCUGACCACAUCUUUUGUACAAUACCUGCACAUAUAUGACAUAUAUGCUCGAUAUGUAUCAGCGUGCUCAACUGUUCAUCGGAGAAAUCGCCCAUCUGAAG